CAACUGCAAACAAGUAUUUUAAAGCAACAGAGACGACCACACUGUAGAGAUACUUGUAGUUUGUAUUUUCUUGGAUGAUUUUAUCUUCAACUGAGUGAGAGGAAUGUUGCGGCGUCCCAAGCCCACUGACUCUGAGGCAGACCUCCUGAGAGAGCAGGAGCAGUUCCUGACCUCCGGCACCCCGUCUGCUGCCAAUGUGGUCCGCCGACCCGACAAGAGGAGAGGCGAGGCUGGAGGAGACGGAGGGGAACAUAACGGGGAAGAUGAAGGAAGACAGAGGGAUGUUGUCACCAUAGAAGAUCUUCCAGACCAACUCCCGUCUCUGACGCCAGCUCCUCCUAAGAAGUCCCGCUUUAAAGCGAGUCGUGUCACUUUUGAGGGUGAGGAUGCUGAGGAGAGGCUGGACAGACAAGACACUCACAUCAGUGCUGUUCUCUCCAGGAUCAUUGAGAGAGAUACUAGCUCUACUCCAAUAUCUCUACCACCACUUACAGGCAUGGCUUUCCCAAAAGUAUUGCACCGCUCAGAAACCAGCAGUCAGGUUCCACUGUCUUCAGCUGGUGGAAAGAAGAGUAUCUUUGCACGUCAGAUUGCGUCUCAGAGAGUUAAGGAGGGAAACACACCUUUACACUGCGCACCUGAAGCUGCUCAGACUCCUGAAACCAGUAUGGAUACAGAUGAUCAGCCGACUGCAACCUCAGGUCCCAGGCUGGUGUCUGGUCAGGGGCUUGAGGGCCGAGGUAGCUCAGGAGAGACCAUAAGGAUCCACAGGGAGAACCAGGCUAAACUCCAGGCAAUGUCUCAGUCUGAGAUACUACAGGAGCAGAAAAAACUCUUAUCUCAGCUUGAUCCUAGACUGGUGGAGUUUGUUAGAUCGCGCAAAGCCCAGAGCGUCCCGUCCUCUGCCUCCCCAUCCAAACACCCCCAGGCCAAAAGCAGCAGGGAAAACUUACCUCUUCAAAAUGUGAGCAGAGACUCCUCCAGUGCUGCUGUGCUGUUCCAGAAACCCCAAGAAGUAGAGAUGGAAGUAGAGGAGGAGGAGGAGGAACUGCCACCAGCACCUGCUGUGACGGAGGAGGAUCUGCCAGUGAAGCCUCAGAAGGAAUGGGUCCACAUGAAUAAACUGGAGCCAGAGAAGCUGGAGUGGAUGAGAGACUUGCCUGCACCCAGAAGGAAAGGAACGAAGAAGGCCAUGCAGGCUCGGUUUGACUUUGCAGGGACCUUAAUUCCACCCACUGAGGAUCUGCCCACCCACUUAGGCCUGCACCACCAUGGAGAGGAGCCUGAGCGGGCAGGUUACUCCCUGCAAGAACUCUUCCUGCUGUCCCGGAGUCAGAUCAUCCAGCAGAGGAGUCUGGCCCUCAGCAUGCUGGCCAACAUCCUCUCAAAGGCACGUGCUGGGGAGUACCUGCCUGUUCUGAAAGGCAGCGUGACGUCCACUCUGCUCGACGCCGGCCUGCUCUUCCUGCUCCGCUUUGCGUUGGACGACAGCGUGGAGGGAGCGAUGUCCGCCGCUGUCCAUGCACUUAAAGCACUACUUGUGUGUGCAGAGGAUGAAGAGUGUUUGGACUACACCUUCUCUUGGUUUCGUGGCCUGGCUUCCUUCCCUCUGCUGCCUUCUGCGCAGGAGGAGGAAGAAGUGGAGGAUGAAGGGCUGCCUGAAUGUAUGAGGUUGACGGCUAAGGAGAAGGAAGAGAGGAAGAGUGAUCACGAUGUGGCCAGACAGGAUGUUGUCAAGGGCCUGUUGAAGAUGAAACUGCUCCCCAGGCUACGUUACAUCCUCGAGGUGGUACGACCUUCUCCUCGAGUGGUCCAUGACAUCCUGGAGAUCCUGACUCGUAUCGCUAGGCACUCCGCCUCAUCUUCCACUCAGGUGCUUGACUGUCCUCGCUUGAUGGAGAUGGUGUUAUCAGAGUUUCUUCCCACUUCCUGGACAGCGCCAUCUUCGCCCCUUCCUCAGUCGGUUUACGGGCUCCCUCUGGCCAGCGCCAUGAAGCUGUUAAGAGUAUUGGCUACCUCUGGAAGACAUGCCUGUGCCAGACUGUUAAACUCUCUUGGAGUGAGGGAGCGUCUGUGUUGUCUGCUGAGUGCUGAGCCCGGUGAGCUGCUGCUGGAACCGACCGAGGCCCUCAGGAUCUCCACUGAGGCUUACAGGCUGUGGGCUGUAGCAGUCGGCUACGGACAGGCCUGCAAAUUAUACAUAGACCUGUAUCCAGGCUUAGCGAAGGCCUUACAGUCAGUUCACAGAGUCCUGGCCCCCUCAGAUCCUCUGCUGCCCCUGCAGCUCCAGCGGGUCCUGGCUCUUCUUUCUCUGCUAACACAGGUCACACACACUGCUGGCUGCCACCAGGAGCUACAGGCUGGCAUGGUCAGUUCUCAGGGAGAAGAGUGCCCUCCUCCUCCUACAGUGUCCUGGGGUCAUGUCGCAGGGUUGCAGGCAUCCCUGUUGGGGCAUUUGAAGGGCUUUGUGAAGAGCCUUGAUAAUCCAGCUCAUAAAGAGAGCAGCCUGGCUGUGAUACCAGCUUACCUGACCUACCUCGGAGCUUACUACCAUCAGCUCUCCAGACAGAACUGUUUCAAACCAGUCGAGACGCUUCAAGAACUGGAGCUGCUGACGUCUGAGGUUCUCCUCCCCCUGCUGUCCCACCAUGUUGUUCAAGGCCUGAUAAAGAACCUAAAGUCUUCCUCAGUAGUGUGUAAUAUCCAGUCUAGUCAUCCAGGCCCAGAGACCACUCCCAGCCUCCCUGGUUUGGCCUGCCCAGCAUGGAGGGACCAUCUGGGACUGGUUGUUCCCAGUUCUCCCUUCCCUCUUCUCACAGGCUUGGGGCUCCUCCUGGAAACAAUCACUGGCAUCCACAAAGGCCUCAGCAGCAAGUUCACUGGCCUCCUCCUGUCAGAACCUGUGAUUGGUUACCUGCGAAGCUGCAGUCAGGCUACGCCCACCUUGUCUCACACCAGAGCCUGGCUUCUCCGUCACGAACACCACCUCCUCUACCUGCUGCUCCGGCUGGCACACAGACUUGUUACCAUUGAGCCACAAGUGGCCAAGCAUGCCUCACUGUACCACCAGGUGGCGCUGGUUCUGCUGCCAUGGUUAUUGCCUGGGAGUGAGUACCUGGCACAUGAACUGUUGUCCACCAUCAUCUUCAGCAAGGACUUUAUAUCAGAGGGCCACAGUGGAGGACCUGAGGCUGUAGAGCUGGGAGAGCUGAAACUCCAAGAGCAAACACAGCACCAAACCUCUCCCUCUCUCCAGACCGUCGGAGCCCUCCUGAGAGAAGCCUGUGUCCAGCUACCAUCCAUACGAGGCUGCUUCCUCACUCACCUGGCCCACCUGGAGCCAUCCGUGCUGACGUCCCGAGACGCUCUCCUCGGCCGCAACCCAUGGAUCAACUCCCAUCUCCUCCCAGAGCUCACUGGUCCCACCUUGCCGUCCGACUGGCCUUUCCUUCCGCUCGUCAGCCUGUAUGAACGAACAGGGGUGUCUGACGGUGGCGGGUUAGCGGUGGAGGAGCUCCCACAGGGGGCUCUGCAGGUGGUGACCCACUGUCUGCAGUGGCUGCUGCUGCUGGAGGUCUGGAGGGAGGACGCACUAAAGGUGAUCCUGCCCAUCGCCAAGCUCGCCCGCUUGUCCUGUGUGUUCCUGUGUUCCAGUGACUUAUUCCUGGAGAGACCUGUUCAGAAACUGACCUGGGGUCUGUUCAGACUGCUGACCAGGAGAUCCAGGCUGGACUCGUUGGACCUGAAUGUCCCUCCUCCAGGUCUAGCCUCGUUCCAGGACUUGUACUCGGCUCUUUUGAGCCAGUAUGAAGCGGUGUCCUUUGGAGACCGGCUGUUUGGCUGCUGGGUCCUCUUACCCCUGCAGCGGAGGUACAACACCACCAUGAAGCUGGCUGUGUUUGGAGAACAUGUGGGGAUGCUGAGGUCACUGGGAGUCACCUUGGACCAGCUCUCCAUCCCUAUUGAGCGGUUCACGUCUCCCCCUGAAGACUCCCUCCCUCUCCUCCAUCUGUACUUCCGCUCUUUGGUAACGGGGACCCUGAAGCCUCGCUGGUGUCCUGUCUUGUAUGUGGUUGCCUUGUCUCACGUCAACUCCUUCAUCUUCUCACAGGAUGCUGCUGCACAGGAGGUUGAAGCAGCUCGACACAGUAUGCUGAGAAAAAUCUACUACCUGACUGAUGAGGUGUUGCGGAACCACUUGCUUCUCUUCCGUUUGCCACAACAGCACUCAGAGUUUGGCUUCGAUAUGUACGAUCAGUUGCCCCCCAUUAGGGCAAAACGUUUGGAGAGAGUCCUGAGACUUCAGGACAGCAGCGAUGAAAAAGGAGACUGAAGGCAAGCAGGGAGUGGAAAAAAGGGAUAGUAGUGAGUCAAAAACAGAACAUGUAUAGGAGCGACAGUAUGGGACUGAGUGCAAAUCGAAGUACGAGUACGAGAAGGAACGUUGGUGGUGGGAGAAAAAGUGAGACAAUUAUUUCAAAGAGGUGUCUCAUCAAGAUCAGCCUUGAAACAAGAGCCGACAUGUUGACAAGAAACUUGUCUGUGGUCUCUUUUCUCAAAGGAAACCCAACCUGAGGAAGAUCUGGCCAUUCCUCAAUGAAGUAGCAUUUGCAAAUAAUUCUUAGCACUUAGUUGAACUUGACUAAAGUUUAAUAAAGGUAGACUUUUCGAUCUAAUACUAUAUUUUAUAGAUCCUCAGUGGAUUAUCUGAAAGUCUGUUCAAUCUAAUGUUUGUACUUGAACCUGUCUGAGCUGAAACACACCCAGCCAAGUCAACCCAAAGGUAAAUACAAAUGCUAAAAAUUAAAUGUAGAUGCAGCGGGGCACAGGUCCCACAAAACAAGCGGACGGGAGGAAUUCAGUGUAUUUCCUUUAACGCCAGCACUUUGCCAGAGUGUGUGUCUGAUGAGCUUGAAAAACAGAGAAGGGCGACUCUUGGCAUCUCAGAGUAAAGACAAAUGACCUACUUUACAAGUGCCUGAAAUUGUCCUUUUUUUGUGAAUAAAACAUGAUUUCAAGUAUG